AUGGCGUUCUUCCAUGACCACAUAACCUUCCGUAUGCCGCUGCUAUCGCUGUCUGGUUGUGUCGUUCUUCAUUCGCUGAUAUGGUCUUGCAUAGUCAAGGCUACCACUGUCAAUACGUUCAACUACACAGCCAAGAAGGUCGAUACAGCCAUCCCUGCUAUUGGAAAAGCCGUCUAUUUUGCCAUUGCAGGCGCUAGAGCCAAAAUGCUCGGUAAAACCUAUGCUGAUGUGCUCAACUUCCUGCAUUAUGAAUUCACCCUUCCAGAGACCGAGGAAAGCUGGAAGAAGCGACAGGAUCUUCUCGCCGAGCUCUCGGACAUCUUCGAAAAGCGCAAAGAAAAUAGCGCCAUCCCAAAUGACUUUGUCCAGAAAGUCAAAGCUGUCUUGCCUCACAUCGUCACCACGGCCGGCUCUGAGCGUACCACUCUAUCUGCUCAAGCCUGCCGGGCUCUCUCAAACAUUGCAAAGCACCUCGAGACCCAAAUCCAGCCGCAACUCGAUCUUCUUCUUUCAGGUCUCAUUGUCAUCUGCGGUUCGACCAAGAUGGUCAGUCAGAAAAAUGCCAAUGACGCCAUCAUCAACAUCUGCAAACAUGCUGGUUACAGCCCCCGGCUGUUCUAUCACGUCUGCUCUGCAUUCAAGGAUAACCGUAUCCCUCCCCGCACCUAUGCGCCCGAGUGGCUGCGCAUCCUCAUCAAAACCUAUCGCGCUCAGAUGGACCGCGAGAAAGAUGCUCCUGCCUGUGAAAAAGCCAUCCUCCAAGGCCUCACAGAUGGACAAGUCAAAGUCCGCGAGAACAGCCGUGCUGUCUUCUGGACCUUCCAUUCGUACGACCCACGAGGUGCCCGCAAUAUCAUGAAUGGCCUCAACACCCAUGCUCAAAAGGCUUUGAAAGCCGAUCCACACAAUCCAGACAAAUCUUCGGCCACUGCUGCCCAAGCCAAUGCUGUUCCAAGACCAAAGUCGGCACUUGCCUCUAUCAAAGCUCAGAACAAAGAACGCAUGGCUCAGAGCCAAGAGUCGUCGCAGCAACGUGGCUUGACCCCUGAGCCGAUCAAAUCCGACGACUUCAAACUCUUUGGUACCAUGGAGGACGUCGAAAAGAAGCCCAGCCUCCUCUCAGCGCCUGUCAGGAGACGCAUCGUUGCCACUCCGAUGCCUUCGGUCAACAGUGUUCAACGACCUGAAUCUCGUGGCCGAGCUGUACCGUCGGCGUCCUCCGUCUCGAAAGACAACACCAGUAAUGUUGUUCCAGAGACUGUCCCCAAGUCCAGCUAUGAGACAAUUAAAUCCGAUGGCAAAGAAAAUGCCAUGGUGAUUCGUCCACGCAAAAAGCGAUCUCCAAAGAGAUCACCUCGGCGUUCUCCCGAGCGAGAUCGCCUUGCCUCCGAGAAAAAGACCCUUUUGAUGGCCAUGGAGGCACUUCGACGUUCCAGUCUUGAUGCUCUCGGCUACCGCAGGCUCAGGAAACUGAUUGAAGAAAAUCCUGGUGUGUUGAUCACCAAGCACUCACAGUUCAACGAACUCUUCGAACUCCUCAUCAACAACAUGGUGUCGUUGGAUAUGAUCACCGAAUCCCGAGAUAAACGCGCCACAAACCUCAACCAUCCCGCCUAUAACACACACACGAUUCUCAUAACGUUGGUCCAUCUCUUCCAACAAUAUCCCCAGUGGCCUGAACCACAGCCUGGAAUGACACUGUCCGCACUACUCAUUGCUAGAUGCAACCACAGCUCCUCAUAUGCUUCUGUGCUUUCGGCUAUCGACGACGGUGCCUUUCUCCUGUGCAGUCACACGCAGACCGUUCUCCCCACGAUCGAUGCCGUCCUCGACACGCUCGAACAGAUUGAGUACAUCAUUACUACCAAUGACCCUAUUGUUACCCCCAAAUCAACCGAUACUUUUUUUUACAACAGCCUCCAGAGUCUUGCGUCGGACUUUGGCCCGGAAAAGCCUCGCUUUGCAAACAGACUCCCCAUCAUUAUGGACUUCGGCUUGAAGAUCCUCAAUGCUCUCCUCAUCCGGCUUGUUUCCUGCAACGAAACUCUCUACGAGAUCCAAGAGGAUCGCCUCGCUGCGUAUGCCGAACACCUCCUCGCCACCUAUACAUCCAUCAUCAAAAGAGCGGUCAUGAACUUUUGCAUCAAUCUUCAUGCUGUCAUCAAGCCCGAAGCAAGAUUCUACAAGUACUUCAAGAAGGAGUCGGACAAGAACCUGAUCCAUUAUUAUGUUGACGUUGCUGGAACGCCUUAUUGA